AUGUGUCGAUUUGGAAUACCAGAAACCAUCACAACCGACCAAGGAACAAUGUUCACCGGACGAAAAAUGCAAGAGUUUACUCAAGAGGUUGGCAUAAGACUAUUAACAUUGACACCAUACUACGCUCAGGCGAAUGGUCAAGUCGAUGCCGCUAAUAAGGUAAUAAUCAGCCUAAUAAAAAAGCAUGUGAGAAAGAAACCAAAAACUUGGCAUCAAUCAUUGAGCCAAGCUCUGUGGGCAUGUAGAACAUCUCCCAAAGAAGCAAUUGGCACCACACCAUUUCGACUUACAUAUGGACAUGAUGCCGUACUACCAGUUGAAAUAUACGUCCAAUCAGUGAGGAUACAGAAGCAACAUGAGAUACCAUCCGAAGACUAUUGGAGUAUGAUGACGGAUGAGCUUGUUGAUUUGGAUGAAGAAAGAAUGUCGGCUCUAAAUUCGUUAAGAAGACAAAAAGACAAAGUGGCUAGAGCUUACAAUGAAAAGGUAAGAAACAAGGUGUUCUCUAUUAACUAUUUGAUCUGGAAAGUGGUAUUGCCUAUGGACAGAAACGAUAGGGUUCUAGAAAAGUGGUUACCAAAUUGGGAAGGACCGUUUAAGGUAAUACAAGUCUUUACGAACAAUGCUUAUGAGUCAGAGGAAUUAGCCCCGGAUCAACGAAUUAUCAGGGUGAAUGGAAAAUACUUAAAGGAAUAUAAACCUACUCUUCAGGAGUUCACCAUUUCGACGACGUAG